AUGAAUUGCGACCUGACCAAGGUGAGUUGGAUCUAAAGCUUUUUUGGUUUUGAUACAUUGAAUUACAGCUUUUAAGCUAUUAAAACUAUGUUUAUGAUGAUUAAAACUCAAUUUAAAACCGAAUAUUUCACAAAUUACCUAAAAAUAAGGCUUAUAUAUUGAUACUUUACCUUAUCAAAAACAUGAUCUACAAGCCCUGGAAUCACCCCUAAUUCCCGUUUAUGCAAAUCUCUUUCAGUGUCAGUCCUGUGAUGAUCUCCAAAGCUGCGAUGACAUGCGAAACGAACUGAAUGCCAUCAAAAAACUGUGUGCAAAGCACGAACGUCUAUAUCGGAAGUUCUCGUCGUGGAAAAACUCCAUUGCCAAAGUAAGAAAGUACAAAGUUUUUUGACAACUACAUAAAAAGAAAGCAGCGUCAGAGUUGGAACAGGGUUUAAAGUAUAUCUAGAACCAAGUCAAUUUAAAGUUUACGACAAUCCUUAACCGAAACAUUCUAAAUUUUUGCCAUUUUUAUAAAAAUUACGGCAUAUUUUUCUUUACCUAACAUAACAUAAAAACCUUAAAAAUCAAUUUUACAUAAUUUAAAAUCAUUAUCAAUAUUAUUUUAAGGCAUAAAAAUAUAAUCUUGUAUCUUCUAGAACGACUGCCAACUAGAAAUCCUGAACGAUACAGCCGCCGUUCUCCGAGCACGGCAAGAGAUACUGGCAGAAACUUUGGCCUUAAGACGAGGUUUGUUGUGUUAAUUUUUAUGAUCCUGAGUUCAGUAUUCCGUUUAGGUAAUCCCGAACUACUACAACAACUCCAGAAAGACAUCCAAGCGGUCGAAAAUCAGGUCGACAUCUGGAUGCGAGAUCUAGCCGAAAUUAGUAGUGACCGUACAAACUUAGAUGUAAGUUGUGAAUACUAACACAUCCUUUGUUGAAGUAUAUAUAGAGUUCUUGGACAUUUUUAACAGCUAAUUCAUGACUUUUCAAUAAAUAAUACCUUCAGAUAGAACUAAUCCAACUCCGCUGCAAACUACAACGCUCGAUGACCAACAUCGAGCUGGCCCACAUCGACUUCGAGAUGAUCGAGGAGCAACAUCGCGACAUCUGGCGGCGAUUCCUCUACGAACUCCCGAAACCCGAAAAACGAGUAGCCGACAUAACCGAGUUAAGUUAA